CGUUACAUGGACAAAUUGGUUAACUAUAUUAGUUGAUGGUAAAAAAAACAGUUAACUUGGAGAGAGAAAAACAGUUUGCUGCUGUUAGUCUAAAGUUGUCUCAAUUGUAAAUCAAAUCAAUCAACUAUUAUAAAAAAGAUUUGAGAUAAUCUUUCAUUCUAAGACAAAAGGAUAAAGGAAAGAGAAUAGUUUAAAUAUGGAUAAGACUAUCGAGAGGAUGGAUGAAAUGAAUUAGGAGAUAGAGUUAAGAAUUAAAAAUGAUGACGAGCAAUUUUUGUCCAAACUAAUAAAAAGGCUAAAACUUUUUUGGAUUCUGUUGGGGCAAAGCAAUAUGAUAAAGCGCAUAAAAUGCAAAAGGUAAAGGCAUUAUGCGGGUAUCUUUUUUCACUUGCUAAACAUAAUCUAAUUAACUUGAAAACAAACAAACCCUGCACUGAAAAAGCAUUAAAUUUGUGAUCCACACAUCUUGUAGCGAAAACAAUACCAGCAACUUGUCCCUUUCCUCGCAUAUGCGAAUGUAAUUUGUCCGAACAAAUGCUGAAAAACUUCCAAACAAGUAAUAAUGACAGAAAAUCAUGUGAAGAAAGGAGUAUAACAUUUUUUUUUUUAAUGAUAAUUGAUUUGUUCUGCCGUUUAUAUGGGACUAGUAUUACUUUUGUUUGUAAUAAACUCACUCUUCUCUCAAUUUAUUCUAAGAAUCUUACAGUCACAGACUUCUGACACGUUACUUACUAAAUGGGAGGUUCAAAAUCCCAAGGCCAUCUCACAUGCGAAGCAUUCACCUUUAGCUAGAAUAGGUGGUCGGAAGAGAUUCAGCACCGGCAAGGUGGAAGGUAGAUAAGAUUUCUUGGAUUUGUAUAGCAAGGAAAAUGGGGCGGCAUGGGAUUUUCCUUUUCCUUCUUUUCUAGAACGAAUGGAUCAAGCAAAGGAAGUAGGGGACACGUCCUUCCAACAUUUUUUAUUUUUAUAGAAUUGGAAAUUCUUACAACAAGGUGACAUUUAGAAGUUUCUAUGAGCCGAUUAGGCUAAACUGACGUUUAAAAAUUUUUAUCCGGGGUCCAACUCGGCAGUCGGCAUGUUGGUUCAAAUAGGCUUGAAAAUUUUCUAGAAAAAUAUUAAAAUCUGAUAACUCUUUUCUCAAAAUUAAGAACAAAAAAAAAAACAUCAAAUUCCACACCCCAAAGUGAUGCCAAGCCCAUCCUAAAAGCCUUGUCUGGUUAGUCAUUAACGUCAAGCCUAGCCCAUCCCGGAAAGAGUUGGUUCAAAUGCUCUUACUUUUGGGCUAAGAUUUUCACGACAAGUCAACAACAACUCCAUUAGCUAACUAGUAAGCUUUUCUCGUUUUACAAUUCCAAUCACCCGAUAAACCCUGACUGAAAAUGCCUGUGGCCUUCCGUCGCUUUGUCACCUCCAUUUGCCAGAAAACCCCACAAAACCUCCUUUAUUCUCCACUUCCAGCUGUCUUCUCCUUCCAUUUCACGCGCCCGCCGCUCUAUAACCGCCACUUUUCCAUCCCACCUCAACCCUCCCAAAACCCCACCUCACCCUUCCUCCGUCCCCGAACCCGAACCCCUCUCGAGACCCAAUUCGAAACAUGGAUCCAAAAGCUGAAACCCGGAUUCACCCCCGCUGACGUGGAGGCAGCACUACGAGCCCAACCCGACGCCGAUCUCGCUCUCGACAUCUUCCGCUGGACUGCCUUGCAACGCGGAUACAAACACACCGAUGCGACCUACCUUACCAUAAUAAAACUCCUCAUCUCCGCCAAACGCUACCGCCACGCCGAAACCCUAGUCGAAGAAGUCAUCGCUGGAGCCUGCCCCAGCAGUGUCCCUCUGUACAACACCAUAAUCCGCUUCUGCUGUGGCCGUAAGUUCCUUUUCAACCGCGCGUUUGAUGUUUACAAGAAAAUGCUGAAAUCAGAUUAUUGCAAACCCACGCUCGAGACAUUUGCUUUAUUGUUCAAUUCUUUGCUUAGAAGAUUUAAUAGACAAAAUGUUUGUUAUGUGUACUUACACUCGGUCCGGUCUUUAACGAAGCAAAUGAAAGCUUUAGGAAUUAUUCCGGAUGCUUUCGUGUUGAAUAUGAUAAUUAAGGCCCAUUCAAAGUGUUUGGAUGUUGAUGGAGCAAUUCGGGUUUUUCGCGAGAUGGGGUUGUAUGGAUGCAAGCCGAAUGAGUAUACAUAUAGUUAUAUUUUCAAAGGGUUGUGUGAGAAAGGAAGGGUGCAGCAGGGGUUUGGCUUGUUUAAGGAGAUGAGGGAGAAAGGGUUGGUGCCGAAAAGGAGUGCUUAUAUGAUUCUGAUUUGCAGUCUUGCGAUGGAGUCAAGGCUUGAGGAUGCUGUUGAUGUUGUUUCUGAUAUGUUGGGGAAUUCGAUGGCACCGGAUUUAUUGACUUAUAAGACUGUACUGGAGGAAUUAUGUAGGGGAGGGAGGAGUAAUGAUGCUUUUGAAUUGCUAGAGGAGUGGAAGAAGAGGGAUUUGUCUAUGGGCCAAAAGAAUUACAGGAUUUUGCUGGAUGCAUUGCAUUUUAAGAAUUGAGAAUGAAUUUUCUUCUCUGGUCUAUGAUACUAUAUUUGACUCCAGUCAGAAAAUGAACAAGUUCUAGCUGUCAAUCAGAUGUGAAGCAGCGAACUUUUUUACAGCUUGCUUAUGAAGGUGUGAUGUUGAAUUGAUCACGAUCUUUUGAGGUUUUUCUUUAAAUGGAUCUACAUUUCAGUGUGUCUAUUGGCAAGGGUAACUUUGUAAUCAGUGUGAAGGAGGAGAAAAGGGAGGGAGGGAAGACAUUGCUCGUGCACAUUAUCAACAGGAUGCCCUUUUUAGUUUAAUGGAAGUCACAUUGAUCCAUUCUUCGUGGAGGCACUGCAAAGGUAUAGACUAUUGUGUUAUUGUAGGAACUGAACCAACUUUUGAUCAGUAGAAGGAUCCUAAAAGGUUAAGUUUCCUUGCAACGGGCGUCAGGGCUGGUAUUCAUUGUUAUCAACCGUCAGAAACAAGCAACUUAACCCUGAUAACAUUAACGGCAAUUUUACUUCUUGGUGGAAUGUCUAAAUUGUUAACAUAAAGUGGCUAGUCAUGAGAUUUUGCUGAUAACAUUGAGAAAAGAGGAUGAUAAAAUGUCUUGCAGGUGGAACAAAAUCAUCUAUCAGUUUAUAUAAUUCUUGGUUAGUCAGUCCUGCCAGCAGUUUGGAUGUUACAGCUGCUACAAAUUGGUGUCAUUGCAUUCUAUUGUUUUGUUUUAAUAUAUGGUUGUGCCCUCAGAAAGAAUUUGAGAAUAUUAUAACAAGAUUUGCUUGUAUUGGUUAAUAAGACUGCUGUGUAUACAGGUGGAGGCAGCUCCUGAAUCCUUCCAGAACUAAUUAAAUUUCGCAAUCAUAUUGCAGAAAUGUUUUACUUAGCAUGGGCAUC